AUGCCACUAGUCCCGAUUGAUCAUUCCGAAAUCACCACCACCAUCACUACAGAUGAAUGCAAUUACCUGCAGUAUCAUCAGCACCAGCACCACCAUUACUAUCAUCACGACCAAGAUCGUCAGCCGAAGCCUACCUAUCAAGUUUACUGCCGAGCAGACAACAAAUCCGCGCUCACCAUCCGUGACAACAAGGUCAUUCUCGCCCCAUCCAAUCCCUCCGACCCUCGUCAGCACUGGUACAAGGAACACAAGUUUGGAACCCAGGUUAAGGAUGAAAUAGGCCUACCCAGCUUUGCUCUAGUGAACAAAGCUACCGGGGAAGCCAUCCAACACGGCGUUGCCGGCGCUCAACUGGUACAGCUGUUGAAGUACUAUGAGCCUAAUGAUGAUAGUGUUGAUCAUUCCAUAUUGUGGAGUGAAGCUUGUAUCAAGGAUGAUAAUGGCGAGUAUAAAGCAAUUAGGAUGGUGAAUAAUAUUGGCAUGAACAUGGAUGCAUUUGGGGCUACCAAAGAACGUGGGGGGGUCCAAGAUGGGACUGCCAUUGGUCUGUGGGAAUGGAACGGAGGAGACAACCAACGUUGGAAGAUCAUUCCCUAUUGA